CCCAAUAUUUGUUUAAUGUUUCUUUAAAUAUAUGUUACCUCUGCUCCUUAUACAACAAUCAACAAACUCUCUUUGUCUCAUAUAUUAUUAGCUCUCUCUCUUGCUAAUAGGACCCCAUAGUUCCUAGGCCAUAUCUCUUCCUGGCUCUAAUCUUUUCCAGCUAAAUGGGUAAUUGUUGGGCUCUUCGUAGACCGAGUGAAAGUUCUUGCCUGGGAGCUGUUAACGCCAAGCAUGAGAAAGUUUUGCAGGUGGUGAAGAUUGAUGGGAAGAUACUAGAGUUCAGAGCACCAAUUCUUGUUAGAGAUGUCUUGGUGAAAGUCUCUGGCUCCGGUAUUGGUUUAUCAAAGACGAUUACGCAGCAUCUCCCGCUUGACUAUGAGUUGAAGAUGGGAAAGGUUUACUACAUUCUUCCUUCAGUAGACCCCAUCGGAGCUCCAACUCCUGAAAGAAUUUCAUCCGUGGCUGGUACACAACAAACCGGGGGUGUCAAGAGAAUAAAAGUUGUUAUAACAAAGCAAGAGCUUCAGCAAUUGCUGACAAAGCAAAUAUCGGUAGAGGAGGUUAUUGCAGGGCUUGAGAAAAGGAAUGGUAAUUUUGUUGUAUCUCCUAGAAAUUGGAAGCCAAAGCUCGAAUCUAUCUCGGAAGACAACGAGUAGUUGUUAAUAGAGUAACUAAAGUUUUUCUGUUGUUUCUCUAAGUCUGAACUUCAGCGCAAUAUACAUGCUUCUUGAAAAAACAGAAUGAUGUAAAUGGAAUUGCUGAAAUGAAAAGAAACUGUAGCACAUACAGAGUAUCACUUUCAUUGGCUUUCAGAGCAGCAUGAUUCUUCUGACUCUGAUGUUGUAGAGCAAGAAUGAACAAUGAUUUUCUGA